CCUCUUCCGUGGCUGUGGCUGUGGCUGUGCAGCUACUCCUGUUUUUGACCUCCAUGCCCAUAGGACAAGAAAACACUGCCGCCAUCGCUCCGAAAUGUGGAGCUCCUACGCCCUCCACCUUUUUUAAUUUCCACUCUCUUUUCUUGCUUUCUGCUCGUAUGGUACUCUACUUUCUCUCUUCUUCUUUUUUUAAUGUGUCAAAAAAGAAGAAGGCCAUCACUGUUGGUGAAAAUCGAAGAUGAUAUCUACUAGUGACAGUCUUUAGACUUGAGAGAAACCUCUUUAUUAUCUCUCGCAGUAUUUGUUGAAAAUAAUUUUUUGUUCUUGAAAAAAAAAAGGUAAUGAAGAUAAAUCGUGACUGCCUGUCUGGUCUUUACCUUGCUCAUCAUCUCUUCAACUGUCAUCCUAAAACAGCCACAUGGACGUCAUAGAUUGGCAAAGCAAUUGAACAAUGCUGCUCCUAUGGAGGACCGGUGUUAACUGUCCAACCGACGUCGUUUCUCUUUUCCUUGCAAAUAAGGAAACUACGACACCGUACUCAUAUCUUCCUUCUCAAUUGCAAAAUUAGGGCUGACACAUCAACGGUUGCCUUGCCCUACUGAAUACCUCAAGGUCGAGUAGCAGAGAAGAACAAGAUCAUAUCACAUGAAGGCAUAAACAAACCCUUAAAAAUAAGAAAUUUUGAAGGACUGCAAACGGAGAGAUGGGUAAUCCAAAGCAAAAGUGGAAAUCAGAGGAAGAAGAAGCGUUAAGAGCAGGCAUUGCCAAACACGGUACUGGAAAAUGGAAAAACAUACAGAGAGACCCCGAGUUCAAUCCUUACCUUCGUUCUCGCUCUAAUAUCGAUCUCAAGGAUAAAUGGAGGAAUAUGACUGUAAGUGCCGGUAGCCAAAGCGUUAAGGACAAGUCACGGACGCUAAAAGCGAAAUCCAAUCCCGAUGCUGCUGCUGUUGUUGCUGCAUCAACCCCUCUGUCCAAUCCCCAUACUUCUGCUGUUGCUGCGGUUGAUGUCGUUAUCGACGAUUCUUCAGAAGCUGCAGCAGAUUCAAAAACUGCUCCCAAGUACAAUGCAAUGAUUUUUGAAGCAAUUUCAGCGUUGAAUGAGCCAAAUGGAGCAGACACUAGUGCAAUCAUCAGCUACAUUGAGAGAAGGCAAGAGUUACCACAAAAUUUUAGAAGGCAAUUAAGUUCAAGGUUGAGGAGGCUCGUAGCUCAGGAAAAACUUGAAAAGGUCCAAAAUUUCUACAAGAUAAAGAAAGCUUCUUCAUUUGGGACAAAAACACCGACUCCUAAGCAGAAAGAGGUGCGUCCCAAGCCUGAACAGAAUACUGGCCUUAUAAAUUCUUGCGAUACCGUCGCAGAAGCAGCAGAUGAUGCUGCAUAUAUGGUUGUAGAAGCAGAAAACAAAUCAUUUGUUGCAACUGAAGCAGUUAAGGAGUCAGAGAGGGUUUCAAAGAUGGCUGAAGAUGCAAAUUCACUACUACAGUUGGCCAACGAGAUACUUGAGAAAUGUUCACGAGGUGAGAUUGUGGUCAUGGGAUGAGAUACGAGCUUGGACUUUUAAAACAAUGGGCUGGAGAUGACCCAACAACUAGAAUGCAUGUAAAUAGUGCCUGGUUUUCAUAAUUUUUCCAGGCAUGAUCAAGCUAAAUCUUAUGGCUGGUUUUGUGGUAGCAAUUAUAGUGUAAUUUCUCAGAUAAGAUAUUGCAUAACACAUUUUGUUUUGAUGUCCUUAAAGCUCUUGUUUCUUUGAUUUGACAAAGAUGCCAUAGUAGCAGAAGCGGCAAUUUCUCUU